AUGCAUCAGAGACACUUUUGGAUUGACCAGGGCCAAGUGGCGCUCGGAGGGCACUACAUGGCGGAAGGCGAAGGGUACUUUGCCAUGGCCGAGGACGAGCUGGCCGGCGGCCCCUACAUCCCCCUGGGCGGCGACUUUAGCGGCGGGGAUUUCGGCGGCGGCGGCAGCUUCGGCGGGCACUGCUUGGAGUAUUGCGAAAGCCCUACGGCUCACUGCAACGUGCUGAACUGGGAGCAAGUGCAGCGCUUGGACGGCAUCCUGAGCGAGACCAUCCCGAUCCACGGACGCGGCAACUUCCCCACGCUCGAGCUGCAGCCGAGCCUGAUCGUGAAGGUGGUGCGGCGGCGCCUGGCCGAGAAACGCAUCGGCGUCCGCGACGUGCGCCUCAAUGGCUCGGCUGCCAGCCACGUCCUGCACCAGGACAGCGGCCUGGGCUACAAGGACCUAGACCUCAUCUUCUGCGCUGACCUGCGCGGGGAAGAGGAGUUUCAGACUGUGAAGGACGUCGUGCUGGACUGCCUGUUGGACUUCUUACCCGAAGGGGUGAACAAAGAGAAGAUCACACCACUCACGCUCAAGGAAGCUUAUGUGCAGAAAAUGGUUAAAGUGUGCAAUGACUCCGACCGAUGGAGUCUUAUAUCCCUGUCAAACAACAGUGGCAAAAAUGUGGAACUGAAAUUUGUGGAUUCCCUUCGGCGGCAGUUUGAAUUCAGUGUAGAUUCUUUUCAAAUCAAAUUAGACUCUCUUCUUCUUUUUUACGAAUGUUCUGAGAACCCAAUGACUGAAACAUUUCACCCCACAAUAAUUGGUGAGAGCGUCUAUGGCGAUUUCCAUGAAGCCUUUGAUCACCUUUGUAACAAGAUCAUUGCCACCAGGAACCCCGAGGAGAUCAGAGGGGGAGGCCUGCUUAAGUACUGCAACCUCUUAGUGAGGGGCUUUAGGCCCGCCUCUGAUGAGAUCAAGACCCUUCAGAGGUAUAUGUGUUCCAGGUUUUUCAUCGACUUCUCAGACAUUGGAGAGCAGCAGAGAAAACUGGAGUCCUAUUUACAGAACCACUUCGUGGGACUGGAAGACCGCAAGUAUGACUAUCUCAUGACCCUACAUGGCGUGGUGAACGAGAGUACAGUGUGCUUGAUGGGACAUGAAAGAAGACAGACUUUAAACCUUAUCACCAUGCUGGCUAUCCGGGUGCUAGCUGACCAAAAUGUCAUUCCUAACGUGGCUAAUGUCACUUGCUAUUACCAGCCGGCCCCCUAUGUAGCAGAUGCCAACUUUAGCAAUUACUACAUUGCACAGGUUCAGCCAGUAUUCACAUGCCAACAACAGACCUACUCCACUUGGCUACCCUGCAAUUAA